AUGCCUAUGGCAUGUGUUAGAGAAGGGAAAAUAAAUUCAGUUGCUGAGGGUCAAGAAGCUUUAUCUGCAGGUGCUAAGGGAGUCAUUUUGAGAAAUCAACCGCUAGUUAAUGGAAGAACACUUCUUUCUGAGCCUCAUAUUUUGUCUACUGUCAGCUAUUAUUCCAAACAUCAAAUAACAAGGCAACAUAGUGAAGACCUAAUUCCGUCGGAUAUAUACUCCAGUUAUGGCUUCAUACUCAAGCCUGAUGUAACUGCACCGGGUGUGAACAUACUUGCUGCCUAUUCAUUGUUUGCAAGUGCUUCUAAUUUAAUAACAGACACUCGUCGAGGUUUUCCAUUCAAUAUGAUGCAAGGAACAUCUAUGUCUUGUCCUCAUGUUGCUGGCACUGCUGGAUUAAUCAAAACACUUCAUCCUAAUUGGUCUCCAGCAGCUAUUAAAUCAGCUAUCAUGACCACCGCAAGCACAAGAGAUAACACUAACAAGCCAAUCCGUGACGCAUUUGAUAAAACAUUGGCAAAUCCAUUUGCCUAUGGUUCAGGACACAUUCAACACAUAUGUUUCCCAACAGUGCAGGCAACAAAUGUGUCUCCAAGGAAGAAAUAUCAAUUUGGUGAAUUGAAAUGGACAAAUGGGAAACAUAUUAUUGUAAGGAGUCCUAUCACUGUUCGACGCAAGUGA